GGUACCAACAAUCUUAGCUUCGGCAACAAAUCAUGGGUUGGUGGCACAUUGGCGUGGGAGAGCAAGGCAAUUCGGCCCAGGCACGCGAACAAGGUGCUCUGCAUGUCGGUCCAGCAGGCGAGCAAGAGCAAGGUUUCCGUUGCGCCGCUCGAUUUGGAGAGUGCCAAGGAGCCACCUCUCAACACAUACAAGCCGAAGGAGCCCUUCACGGCCACCAUUGUCUCGGUGGAGAGGCUUGUAGGUCCCAAGGCUCCAGGGGAGACUUGCCACAUCGUCAUUGACCAUGGUGGCAAUGUGCCUUACUGGGAGGGCCAGAGUUACGGUGUGAUUCCUCCUGGAGAAAACCCGAAAAAGCCUGGAGCCCCGCAUAAUGUCGGAGAUAACUUUGAUGGACGGACAGGAAGCUUGUGCGUCCGCCGUGCAGUUUAUUAUGAUCCUGAAACUGGCAAGGAGGACCCCUCAAAGAAUGGAGUCUGCAGUAACUUCCUAUGCAAUGCAAAACCUGGGGACAAGAUUCAGCUGACAGGUCCCUCUGGCAAAAUAAUGCUUCUACCUGAGGAGGAUCCAAACGCAACCCACAUCAUGAUUGCUACUGGUACCGGUGUGGCACCAUUCCGUGGGUACCUGCGCCGCAUGUUCAUGGAAGAUGUCCCAAACUACAGAUUUGGUGGCCUGGCUUGGCUUUUCCUUGGCGUUGCUAAUUCAGACAGCCUUCUCUAUGACGAAGAGUUCACAAGCUAUCUUAAGCAGUAUCCAGACAAUUUCAGGUAUGACAAAGCCCUCAGCAGGGAGCAGACGAACAGGAGCGGUGGCAAGAUGUACGUCCAGGACAAGAUUGAGGAGUACAGCGAUGAGAUUUUCAAGCUUCUGGACAAUGGUGCGCACAUCUACUUCUGCGGUUUGAAGGGGAUGAUGCCUGGGAUUCAGGACACCCUCAAGAAGGUGGCGGAGCAGAGAGGGGAGAGCUGGGAGCAGAAGCUGUCGCAGCUGAAAAAGAACAAGCAAUGGCACGUCGAGGUUUACUAGGGUCUGAUAUUUGCAGGUGUUAUGAUUGUUUUGCUGCGAGCCAAUGCCAAGAAGAGACACAGAUGCAUGACUGAAAUCGAACGAUGGAUUAUUCUUGCCGGUGGUGUAAAAUUAUAAAAGUUUUCUUGGCGAUGGUGGAAACCAAUAAAAUCACCCUUGUAACUCAUAAGCUUCCGCGUCACGUGAUGCACGGAAUGGAGCAUGUAACUUUCAGCCGUCCCUUCAAAAUUGCAGUGCAGUGCUUUGCUUCAAUUUCC